AUGGAAGUGUUGAAGAAAUCUGCAGGAGCAGCAGCAACAGCAGCGCACUUUGUGUUUGUUCAUGGGAUUGGAGGAGGUGCGUGGUGUUGGUAUAAGAUUAAGUGUCUGAUGGAGAAUUCGGGUUAUCGGGUUUCCUGUAUUGACCUCAAAGGCGCUGGCAUGGAUCUUACCGACCCCAAUACUAUUCUCACUUUCCAACAAUAUAAUAACCCUCUCAUUCACUUCCUCUCUUCUUUACCUCACAAUCACCAGGUUAUAUUGGUGGGGCAUAGUGCAGGGGGACUAAGUUUAACUCAAGCUAUUCACAAAUUUGGUCCCAACAAGAUUAAGCUUGCUAUAUUUGUUGCUGCAACUAUGCUCAAAUCAGGGUUUCUCACACCACAAGAUUUUCAAGAUGGAGCACCGGACUUACCGGAAGAAAUAUGUGAGUAUUGGUUUGGGUUAGGAGAAGAUCAUCCUCCAACCACUACCAUGGUUAGAAAGGAAUACCAAAGGAAAAUCAUUUACCAGUUAUGCCCUCAAGAGGAUACGACUUUAGCCAGCAUGCUAUUAAGGCCGGGGCCCAUCCAAGCACUUACAACGGCUCGGUUUGAGGAAGCGGAGGAGGAUGGUGGUGCAGCUGCCCAGGUGCCAAGAAUAUAUAUAAAAACGACUAUGGACAACGUUGUCAAACCCGAGCAACAAGAGGCUAUGAUCAAGAGAUGGGCGCCGUCGGAUGUUUAUGUUCUCGAAACUGAUCACAGCCCUUUCUUUUCUGCUCCCUUUUUGCUCUUUGGUUUGCUCGUUAAGGCCGCUAUUUCUUUUGGAUAG